AUGGCAACCGGUCACUAUGAACAAGACCGUAGUGCACUUAAAAAAAGGGAGUGGGAGCGGAGGAAUCAAGAAGUCCAGCAAGAAGAUGAUCUCUUUUCUUCAGGCUUUGAUCUUUUUGGGGAGCCCUACAAGACAAACAAAGGGGAUGCACUUGCCAACCGAGUCCAGAACACGCUGGGAAACUAUGAUGAAAUGAAGGAUUUGCUAACUAACCAUUCUAAUCAGAAUCAUCUAGUGGGGAUCCCAAAGAAUUCUGUGCCCCAGACUCCCAUCAACAAAAAUGAACCAAGCUUUUUCCCAGAACAAAAGAACCGAAUGCUCCCACCUCACCAGGAUAGCACUCAUCCCUCAGCACCAAUGCCUCCACCUUCCGUCGUGAUACUGAAUUCCACUCUCAUACACAGCAACAGGAAAUCAAAAGCUGACUGGUCACGGGAUAGUCAUAAUGCUAACAUUGUCCCAGCCAACCAGGCCAGUGGUCAGCCAAACAAGCUGCCGCCGUCUACACAGGACCAACCCCCAGCCCGACUGGAAGACUUCUUUGUCUACCCAGCUGAACAGCCCCAGGUUGGAGCCACUGAAGAGUCAAACGUGUCUGCAAAGGAAGACAGUAGUCUCAAGUCCAGUGCAGGGGAUACGUUCAAAGAAAUCUUUCAGUCCAUCUCAUCAGAAGAAUCUGAAUUUACAGUGCAAGCUCCUGGGUCUCCCCUAGUUGCCUCCUCUUUAUUAGCUCCCAGCAGUGGCCUUUCAGUUCAGAACUUUCCACCAGGGCUUUACUGCAAAACAAACAUGGGGCAGCAAAAGCCAACUGCAUAUGUCAGACCCAUGGAUGGCCAGGAUCAGGCACCAGACGUCCCUCCAACACUGAAACCUUCCAUUGAAUUUGAGAACGGCUUUGGGAAUCUGUCAUUUGGAUCACUCUUGGACGGAAAACCCAGUGCAGCCAGUUCAAAGCCUAAACUGCCAAAGUUCACGAUUCUCCAAACAAAUGAACUGUCCAUCCCUGAGGGUGAUGGGCCCAAACCUGCCUUGUUUGUGAAGUGACUGCAGCGGUCCCCUUGUCAUCCAGACCCCACCAAGAAUCUGGGGACAGUGUGGAGGGAUGUGAUCUCUGCCUGCACCAUCCCCUUACUGCCACCCCUCAGAACAGCUGGGGAAAUUUUAAG